CAAAAGUCAAGUUGCGGAACAGAGCUCCUCUAAAUGGCGAUGAUGAGGUGACCGGCCGAUAUGGGACGGGAUUUGAGUGAUCCACUUCCACUUUUGGCUCUUUUCAGCCCCACCACCACCACCUCCACCUCCACCACCACCACCACCACCACCACGGUUGCCAUCGCCGUGACCACUCUAUAUAAGUUUCUCUGAAGCUUAGUAGCUCGAAUCACAUCCCUCCCCUGUUCUCUCGAUGGACGACAACGACUGGGAUUUGUUCGCCGUGGUGAGAGGCUGCCUCCCGGAGCCGCCGCCGCCGCCUCCAACGCCGGUGUUCUGGUUGGAGGAGGAAGUCGCAGCCGCAGCGGGGAAACGUGGGUUCAUUCUCGAUGUGCCUGCGUGUGGCGUCGAGCUUGAUGAGCUCUGCAAUCUGCCGUUCCGGGACGGCGGCAACCCGCGGCAGUUCAGCAACCAGACGCCGGCGCUGGUUCCUAAGCCCGCCUACGUCGGCACUUCCAUUCUCAAGCCGUUGGUCGCCGUUCCGUAUCAAUUCCAGUUCCAGGAGCAACCUCGUCUGGCGGCGACUCGAAGGCCGGCGCCGCCCUCGCAAACUCCUCGCUCUAAGAGAAAGAAGAACCAGCAGAAGAAGGUGGUUUGCCAUGUUCCGGCCGACGGAGUCUCCUCUGAUCUGUGGGCAUGGAGAAAGUACGGCCAGAAGCCGAUCAAAGGCUCGCCUUAUCCAAGGAGUUAUUAUCGGUGCAGUAGCUCUAAGGGCUGCCAAGCAAGGAAGCAGGUGGAGCGGAGCCGGGCGGAGCCGGCGAUGCUGCUCAUCACCUACACGGCGGAGCACAACCACCCGGUGCCCACCCACCGCAACUCCCUCUCCGGUAGCACUCGCCAGAAGGCCUCGCAACCGACCAGUACCGCCACCCCUGCCUCGACUCCUUCGUCGGUAGCCCUGUCGCGCCCUGCCAAAGGCGGGGACGGCGAGGAAGAGGAGCCGGUGGUGGAGGAGGAGGACGACGAGGAGGAAGAGAUGCUCAAGGUGGCUGACGUGGAGAUGAUGCGCGAGGAGGACGACAUGCUGUUCCUGGGAAUAAAGGUGGCCGACGCAGGGUCGUCGACGGCGACGACCGCCGGAGUCAACAAAUUGCCGGCGAGCCUCGCCUUCCUCGAGGAGGACGAGGAGUUCUUCAGUGCACCCAAUUGGCUGACUGAUAAUGCCGCUUCUCUUUUUUAAUUAAUACUAAACAAAUUAUAAAAAUAUUUUUAAAAUGGGAUAAAUUAUAGGAGAUGAAAUGUAAACUUUCUAAUUAACAACAGGGUGCUUAAUUUUGUUUUUUUUUUAAAAAAUAUUUUCGGUCCAAUUUUAAUUUUAUUUCAA